AUAUAAUUCAGUGUAAUUUCACCAUCUACUAAUUAGUCGACAAACAUCCACGCAUUCAUUUAGUGAUUUUAAAAUAAUAUUUUCUUAAGCGUAAAACAUAAAAGUCUACAUAAAAUAAGUACAUUAUAAUAAGUAUAAUGGUGUUCAGGUAAAUACAAUUUCAUUAUUCACUAUGAAAUAUUACUUAUAAUUGGCGCAGAUCAAACCGCAAGGAAUUUAUAAAAGUAUUUAUUUGCUAGGCUGGCUUCUUUCAACGCACUUUCGAUUGAGUGGAUUAGUUUCUAAUGGCAACCAAGCAUGCGAAGUGUAUGCGCUGUCUCGUAUGGCAAACGGCGCUACGACAUUGGGAGGAGUUCCGCACAAUUUUAUUAAAGAAAAUACAAUUAAAAAUCCGCAGAUUGUAUGCACUGAUUAACGAGUUGAAGAGACAGUAUAAAUUGUUGAAGGAACCCGAUGUCGAGAUGACUAAAGCUUACCAGGUUGCUGGUUACUAUCAUGAGGUAGCAAUGCACGCUACCGUUAGAAGGAUCAGAAAUAAGUCUAAAUAUUUAGUGAAUGAAGAGCAAAAUGUUGAAAGUAUUGACAAGAAAGAAGAGUUCGGAAUCGCCACACUUAUUGAGUAUAUUUGUACCGGCGAGGAUAGUCAAGAUGAGUUCGAACAAGAAAAUAGCGAAUUAAAUAUCGACCCGCCUGCGAAACCUGCAAAUGGCAGUGGAGCAGAUGAGCAUGGACAACGAGGUAGCGGCUCGUCUGCGUCAACCACAAAGGGCACUGGAGCAGAUGAGCAAAGCGCGUCAAGUAGCACUUCGUCUGCGCCAAAAGAAAAGUAUACGGGCACUAAACCAAAAAAUGUCAAACGCCUACAAAGAAACUGUGAGUUGGUGAGUGCCAGCAACAUACAAGUUCCACACGUGAUCGAAAAUUUGAAACAUGCUACAGCCGUUCUAGAUUUAUCGCUAAGAAGAUAUAAUGAUGCUGAUGACGAAAAAACCAUGAAAAACGGACAAAUAAAUGACAGGAAAAAGGACGUGAUUCGCAAUACUACUGAUGGUAAUUGGAAAAUUUGUGGGCCUACACCGCCACCAUGGAAAAAAGAACCACCACCCGAUCGGCGCCUUGACGAUGCUGGUGAUAAUGGCAAGGUCUGUCGUGAUAAGCAUGAUGAUGAUGAUGACAAAGUGAUCAUACCACUACCAAGUAAUGAAAAAGAACCAGUCCCCCUGGAUCUUUCCGGCGAUGCUGGUGAUAAUGGCAAGGUCUGUCGUGAUAAGCAUGAUGAUGAUGAUGACAAAGUGAUCAUACCACUACCACGUAAUGAAAAAGAACCAGUCCCCCUGGAUCUUUCCAUGAAAAAAUUCUGGCUGGGAGAGGAACCUAUUGGGCCUAAGCUAUCUAUGAUACCUGAGCUACCGCCUGAAUUCGAAUCAAAAGUCGACUAUGCUUUAAGUUUUUUAGAUUCGUAUUCCAAUUUACAUACUGAAAUGGAAACGCUUUCGAGUUUAGAUCCAACAAUGCGUAAAAGUAUCAAAACAGCCAUGCAAGAAGAAUUACAGAAACACCUCGAUAAAAAUCAGUUUUUGAUGAAUGGUGUGGAGUGGGUUAAACUCGGUAAAUAUAAGACGAAAAUAAAAAAGAGAAUUCUGUGUGAUGUGGAUUGGACUUUAAGUGGUAUUGAGAUAACACGACAUUUGCUGGUGCAUAUCUUCGGUGUGAAAACGCUUGAAACGCACAAUCUAACAGGCAAUGGAUAUACACAACUGGCAGAAGAUAUGCCAAUUGCAGAAAUGUCAAUAUUAGACGAACACGCUGUUAGGGAUCUUGAAGAGUUUCUGUUUAUUAUGAAGGGUCAACCGUCAGGGCUUACUAGAGACAUUAUUGACGACACAUGUGAGUUGCUUUAUAACGAAAAACUUGAAACAGCCCAAGAAGAAAAAGAAAAAAAAUUGAAAAAGCAAAAACAGAAAAAGGCGAGAAAACCUCAAAGGAAAUAUGGACGUAGAAGAUAAACGCAAUUGGGAUCAUAGCCAGAAUUAUGGGGAAAGAGGCGUAUUCCACCGCCCCUCAAUUGCAUUGAUAUGUGGCAUGUUUUCAAAAUGGUGGAUGAUUGGUCAGCCGAAUUGAACUCACUUAGGCCUACCGAUCUAAGGAGUGGAAUUAUGCGGUUGGCCACUACAGAUACAGCUGUCUUAUAUCGCCAAAUGUUGUUUAUUAUAAAAAUUGUAGUAUACUUUUAUGAGCCCAUGGUUUUUAGUGUCAGUGAAUUGUGUUCUGAGGAGUAUGUGUAUAAAUUGUUGUAUGUAUUCAUAGAAUGUCUCGAGUUGGAUGUUUGAACUAGAAAAUUAUUUUCUAAAAUCAGAAGAAGAGACACAAUAUAUGCAUUGUAGUAAAAAUUGCAUAGUUUUAGGCGAUAUUGUUGAUUUCGGGCGGUUGUGUGCUAGAAUAACUUUUGUUGUACGUAUUUUAAGAUAUAUAAUUUAAGAAAUGUGUUGAUCUUACACGUCUAUAUAUUUUUAGAAGACAAACCUACAAUUAUACCCUAAUUUAUUUUUAGUUAUAAGAUAAAUACUAAGCGAUGUCUGGACUAUUUCGCAAUUAGAAAACGGCAAAGUUGUUGCAGAAGAAGAAGAGCGACAAUCAACAUGUUGAGACAUUAACAAUAAUUUUGUUUUCUCCACCGACCUUUCACGAUUGUAUAUCGAUAUCAUGUUUUAAAUUUUAAAUUACCAUAUGUUUGUAUAAUUUGACUAGUUUUGGACGAAUAAAAGAUUCUUAACUUUUAUAUGCAACUUA